AUGGAUAAUGCGCAUGACCUACAAGCUAGCCCUGAAAGCUCAACUGUCGACUUAAAACAUGACCGCGAUGAAGAAAACACACAACAGGCAGAUGUUGACAGCUCUUUAUCUGCAACUGUGACAGAUAGUCUUGACCAUGUACUCCCAAGGGAUAGAGAGAUGAAAACACCGACAUAUGAUUAUGCCUACGAGAAGUCGAUGAGUCACACAGAAGCAAAACUCUUCUACCAGCAUCAUCAAUUAGUGUCGCGCGGCGCCGACAGUGAGUCUGAUCAGUGUUGGGGCCUUACGGGCAGGCCUUCUGCCUCUGACAUACCAUCAGCUAAAGAAGAGACGGACGGAAGGCCUCAGACAGGCGUACUGGGCUCGAGUAAUUCCACGCAGUUUAGCACGCCUACUUCGGCAUACGCUGAAAAUACCAGCACCAGUACCGGCCAGCUUCCACUGUCCCAUGAUGCAAUGCAUCAUGAGAUUUCAAAUGAACAAGGAUCGGGUUACAUGCAAUUCGCCACUGAGGUUCCAGGUGCUAUCAAAAGUGCUAUGAAUAUGACGGGCAGCGGCACGGUUGCCUCGGAAUUAAACAUCAUCUACCGCAAGAUUCGCGGGCUACUUGAGCGACGUGCCGAAUAUAUCCAACUGUCAUCACAGGGUCCUGAGGAUAAUCCCAAAGAUCGUCCCAAUUGGAGGAUUUACCCUCCCCCGCCAGAACCGGCCUGGGAUGCUGAUGGAGAGAAUGGGAAACAAGAAUCCUCUCCUGGUGCCGGGCCAAAAAAAAGAAAGAUGGGCCAGGAUAUUGGUGAGGACUUCGACAUGGCUCACUUCAUUCCGCUCCCGGGAGAGUCAAGUUGGACUUUCAGACUGGAUGAAAAUAGUGUCUACCAAGUGUACGAAAAUAUCGAGGCUGCAAAUGUGCACAAGCCUACCAUCAGAAUACCUUCAUUGCGUGAUUUUUAUAUGGACCUCGAUGCAGUCAUAGAUGUAUCCACAGACGGACCGGCCAAGAGCUUUGCGUUUAAACGCCUUUCUUAUCUGGAGGGCAAAUUUCAACUCUACACGCUGCUCAAUGAAUAUCAGGAGAUUGCUGAUAGCAAAAAAGUACCACAUAGAGACUUCUACAACGUCCGGAAAGUCGACACCCAUGUCCAUCACUCGGCUUGCAUGAAUCAGAAGCAUCUCCUCAGGUUCAUCAAAAGCAAAAUGAAGAAGUCACCUGAUGAGGUUGUAUUAUUCCGGGAUGGUAAACAUUUAACGUUGCGGGAGGUUUUUGAAAGCAUAAACCUAACAGCUUAUGACUUGAGCAUUGAUACGCUGGAUAUGCAUGCGCAUACGGAUUCCUUCCAUCGCUUUGACAAGUUCAAUCUCAAAUAUAAUCCCGUCGGGGAGUCUAGGCUGCGUGAGAUCUUCUUGAAGACGGACAAUUAUAUUAAAGGUCGCUAUCUGGCCGAGAUCACAAAAGAGGUCAUCUCAGAUUUAGAGUCCAGCAAAUAUCAAAUGGUGGAGUGGCGCAUCUCAAUAUAUGGGAGGUCGAUUCAAGAAUGGGACAAGCUCGCUGCUUGGGUCGUUGACAACAAAUUAUUUUCCCCCAAUGUGCGUUGGCUAAUACAAGUUCCUCGGCUUUACGACGUCUACAAAGCAAGCGGCAUGAUGGAGAACUUCGAGCAAGUCAUCACAAACGUUUUCCAGCCAUUAUUUGAGGUGACCAAAAAUCCCAGCAGCCAUCCCAAGCUUCAUAUCUUCCUCCAGCGUGUGGUCGGAUUCGACAGUGUGGAUGACGAAAGCAAAGCUGAGCGCCGGCUGUAUAGAAAAUAUCCCAUUCCUAGAGAAUGGAAUACGAAACAAAAUCCUCCGUACAGCUAUUGGAUUUACUUCAUGUUCGCUAAUAUCGCGUCAUUGAAUUUCUGGAGAAAGCAACGCGGCUUUAACACCUUCGUUUUAAGACCUCAUUGCGGUGAGGCUGGGGAUCCAGAUCAUCUUGCAGUUGGUUUUCUCUGCUGCCACAGCAUCAGUCAUGGGAUACUGCUUAGAAAGGUCCCUUUACUGCAGUAUUUGUUUUACCUCGAUCAGAUUGGAAUCGCAAUGUCCCCGCUCAGUAACAACGCGCUAUUCCUGACAUAUGACAAGAAUCCGUUUGCGAACUUUUUCAGGCGCGGCCUGAAUGUAUCCUUGUCAACGGACGAUCCCCUACAAUUUGCAUUUACCAAGGAGCCAUUGAUUGAAGAAUAUUCGGUUGCUGCACAGAUAUACAAAUUCAACGCUGUGGACAUGUGUGAGCUCGCAAAACAUUCAGUCGAGCAAAGUGGCUUUGAAAUAUCAUUGAAGAAGAGAUGGCUUGGUGCGAACUGUUCUCUUCGCGGGGUCGCAGGAAAUAAUGUCGCAAAAAGCAAUGUGCCAGACAUUCGGGAGCAAUUCAGGCAUGAAACAUUACUUGGGGAGCUUGCCUUGCCGAAAAUAACACUUGCUGACGUAUUAGGAUUGAACGAUAUUCUGAUCGUCAUAUUGACUGUUCAGCGAGACGACCAAUUGUCCCUGCCACAAGCAGUCAACAAGAAGCACAGUCACGGGUUCCUCUGGAUCCAGAGCAAGGAAACCCAGGCCAUUGUAAGUUCAACAUCGCAGGCAUGA